GGCUAAGAGCGGGAGAUGGAUAGGGUUCUUAUUUUCAUCACAUUCAUCGCCGCUGUACUUAUAAUUGUUUCUGCUAAGAAAUCAAGCGAUGUUGUAGAUCUGCAGAUCGAUGUCAAGUACAAGCCAGAGGUUUGUAGCAUUCAAUCUCACAAAGGUAAUAUGGUUAAAGUGCAUUAUCGUGGGAUGCUUAUUAACGGUAACAUGUUUGACUCCAGCUAUGAAAGAGGUGAGCCAAUUGAGUUUGAGCUUGGAAAGGGACAAGAGAUCAAAGGAUGGGACCAGGGCCUUCUGGGAAUGUGCAUCGGUGAGAAAAGGAAGCUGAAGAUACCUGCGAAGCUCGGUUAUGGAGCCCAAGGUUCUCUUCCAAAGAUCCCAGGAGGUGCCACACUUAUCUUUGAUACUGAACUCAUGGCUGUCAAUGGAAAAACUUCAAGUUCCAAACAAUCAACCGAAGGAAAUGAGGAGCUGUAACUUUAAUCAGAACUGAGAACCAUCAUGCAAUGGAAAAGUGAUGCUUUUGGUCUUGUCGUUUUGUACUUCUAACACAUAAAUAUCAAUGGCUCCAAAUAGUAUGUUAUAACA